GUUACAGCCAUUAGGAAAAUAAAAACAAUCAUCUGCGUUUCUGAGUUUUGUAUGAACUGUAAUUGAAUUAAAACGUUAUGACCUGGGGGUUUGUAACUUGUGGCCCGAACGAAGCGCUGGUUGUGUCAGGAUGCUGCUACACCAAGCCACUUCUCGUCCCGGGGGGAAGGGCGUUCGUGUGGCCGGCGAUACAGUGCGUGCAGAGGAUAUCCCUGAACACCAUGACCCUGCAGGUUGAGAGCCCCACCGUGUACACGAGCCAGGGCGUCCCGAUCUCCGUCACGGGAAUCGCACAGGUGAAGAUCCAGGGCCAGAACGAGGAGAUGCUGCUGGCGGCCUGCGAGCAGUUCCUGGGCAAGUCGGAGGGCGAGAUCCUGCACAUCGCCCUGGUCACCCUGGAGGGCCACCAGCGGGCCAUCAUGGGCAGCAUGACCGUCGAGGAAAUCUACAAGGACAGAAAGAAGUUCAGCAAGCAGGUUUUCGAAGUGGCGUCCUCUGACCUGGUCAAUAUGGGCAUCACCGUCGUCUCGUACACCCUCAAGGACAUUCGUGAUGAGGAGGGCUACCUGAAGAGUCUCGGCAUGGCGCGCACGGCGGAGGUGAAGAGGGACGCGCGCAUCGGCGAGGCGGAGGCCCGGCGGGACGCCCAGAUCAAGGAGGCCAUCGCCGAGGAGGAGCGCAUGGCCUCCAGAUUUUUAAAUGAUACUGAAAUAGCGAAAGCUCAGAGAGAUUUUGAACUGAAGAAAGCUGCUUAUGAUGUAGAAGUUCAGACCAAAAAGGCGGAGGCGGAGCUGGCCUACGAGCUGCAGGCGGCCAAGACGAAGCAGCGCAUCAAGGAGGAGCAGAUGCAGGUGCUGGUGGUGGAGCGGAGCCAGGAGAUCCUGGUGCAGGACCAGGAGGUGCAGCGUCGCGAGCGCGAGCUCGAGGCCACCGUGCGCCGCCGCGAGGCCGAGAAGUACCGGCUGGAGAAGCUGGCGGAGGCGAACCGGAACCGGGUGAUCCUGGAGGCGGAGGCGGAGGCGGAGGCGGUGCGGGUGCGGGGCGAGGCGGAGGCGUACGCGGUGGAGGCGAAGGCCCGGGCCGAGUCCGAGCAGGCGGCCAAGAAGGCGGACGCCUGGAAGGAGUACAAGGCGGCCGCCAUGGUGGACAUGCUGCUGGAGACGCUGCCCAAGGUCGCCGCGGAGGUGGCAGCCCCGCUGUCGCAGGCCAAGAAGAUCACGAUGGUGUCGAGCGGCCAGGGCGACGUGGGGGCGGCCAAGCUGACGGGGGAGGUGCUGGCCAUCAUGACCAAGGUGCCGGACGUCGUGAAGGGGCUCACCGGGGUGGAUCUCGCCAAGUCGAUCCACGGUUUAUGAAGUGCCAACAGCCCAGGUAGAUGCAGUUCCCAUCUUUUGCUUUGUUUUCAUUUACUCGUCGUGCUGUGUAAAGUGUUCUGACGUCGGUUGCCGGGUUUUCGAGGAUCUAAUUUUUAUACCUGUCACAGUGUUCUGUUGUCUCUCUGACCGUAGCACCAAAUAUUAGUUGUUUUUAUUAUAGUAGUGUCUAGUCAUUUGUAAUGCCAGAUAUCUUUUUCCAAGACUAUUUUGUAAAGAGAAAAUUAUAUAUAAGAUGUUACAUGAAAAUUUACAGUCUAUUUAUAUAAUCAAGAGAUAGUGGUAAGGAUAAUUGCUGACUAUUACAUAUUUUAUAUAAAUAGUGUUUGCAUUUAGUUGAUUUAGAUCGGCUGGUUAGAAUCCUUAGUGAUUUAAAUUUUUUUUAAAAAUUUCAUUGUGCCGAAUUGAUCGGAAUCCAUACAAAUUCUCACUCAUGCUGUUGCUCUCAAAAUAUUUGUACCUGUACAUUGUACACUACAUGAAUGCCAGGAAAAUAUGCAAAUACUCUCUUAUUAAUUUUUUUUUGUGUCAAACUAUCCAUGAUUUUUUUUUUCUCUGCAGUUUGUAAUCAUGCAUUCCCAAUUCCAUACACAUUGAUAUUUUGGCUAUGCAGCUUUUGAAUUGUUUUUUUUUUUUUUUGCUUUCUCGUUAAUGUAUUAAAUUUUCUUUGUAAGUAGAACUACACACAAACACAUACGUUCUCAAUAUAUAGUAGUAUCUGCUAUUAUGUACCAUUUAAUUUCAUUCUUAGUAUUUUUGUAAAAAAAUUCUGAUUGAAUCAAUUUAGUGUACACUUUUUAACUUAAAUGCUUUCAUGCUUAAAUGCUUUGCACUCAAACUCUCUUCCUUCUGUGUUUGCUGUCCGUAACCUGUGGUUAAUUUGGUAAUAUCUUUUUGCUGUCCUUACAACUUCAAAGAUAUGUUACCUGUAUACCCAAUUAAGAAAAAAGGAAAAUUAUUGAAAGUAAGGUAAUUGGGGGAGUUUGCAUACCAUAUUUACUAACUUUGUGAAAGCCAUUACAGUAUUUCUUUGCAAGGAUGUGAACAUUUGCGAAACACUUUUUUUUUCCUUCGAAAUAAUUCACCCACACCUCUAUUAGUUAAAACCUUGCUUUAAAAAUAAUGUUUUUAAAAUCUGGAAGGAAAAUUUUGGUGUCAUAAUUCCAUGUAAAGGUAAUGUAAAGUUACCUAUGUGCUUUUACUAUUUAUUUGUUUCAUGUGUGGGUUUCUCUCUCACCGUCUGUAAUAAAGUUUGUCAUUAUUUUUGGCGUAAGUUUAGUGUUUACAAUCAUUUAUACAAGCUUUAGGUAAAGCUCACUGGAAUAUGUACAUCAGAUCUUUCUUGGCCUUACAUUUUGUGCUAUUUUAGGCAGCAUUGUGGGUUAUGGUCUUGCAAUACUUAAACUGCACAUGAUAUAUGUAAAUAAAUGCAUUUGUAGAAUACAGAGGUAUUUAUUUUGUUUAGACUUUCUUGCAUUAUAUCACUACUUGUCUUAAACUUUCAUGCAUUUUGCAUCAAUUUUUUCUUGUCCUUUUAAGAAGUGAGUAAAAAAGGGGCUUUUCUCUGAUUAUCCAACUUUUUGGUAAAAAAUUUCUCAAUGCUAGUCUUUAUGAGGUAACUUGUAAAUCCCAUUUGUUAAGUCGAUAAAAGACAAAACAAAUUAAUCAAUGCUGUAGGUCCAUUUUUUACUGUCUUCUUAUUUUGUGAAAAGUAUUAAAAUUAAUAAUCAUUUACUGUAAUCAUUUUUAAAAUUUACAUAUUAUUUACACCAAGAUUUUUGUUACAUUGUGUAAAUUUAGUGUUCCAUUACAGAGUGUGAAAUUUACUGUUUGUCAAAAAAAAUUAAUUUGUUUGUUUUCGUGCUUUGUAGUAAUUAUUUUACUAUACUGCUACUUCUAUUUGAAAUAUGGUGAGUGUAACUGUGAUUAAUCUAGCAAGAAAUAAGCUUUGUUACCUAAUGCUUAUGCACUGCACAAGCUAUAGCUGUAGAACCAGUGGCUGAAAGUAAGGUUUAUGUGAAGAAAUGGGGCACAGUUUGGUGUUUUCACUUCGAAAUAAGGACUGUAGUCCAUUUUUGAGUUUGUUACCGUCAACAUUCUUAUUAUAAAUAACUUUUUGUUUUUUUCUUAGCAAUUCUUGGAUAGUAAAACACUAUUAUGGUUUCUUCUUCCCCCCCCCCCCUUUUUUUUUUCUUCUCAUUUUGCAACUUUGUUCCCUCAUGUCCCAUGGAAAGGUUUUAAUCUAAUUUCAUGAAAAGAUCAAAAACAUAUUUCACUGUAUUUAAUAUUGAUUCUAUAUUUGAAUAUUUGUGUUAAGAUAUUAAUUUUUUUUUAUAUAUAAUACCUACUAAUUUAUCAAUGGGAAAGUGAACUAUAGGAGACUGGAAUGUAUUUCAUGUUCUUGGAACUAAAGUCUGUUGCUGUUUUGAUUGUAUUUGCCUGAGUAUUUUUUCUUGCCUUUUUAUUGGAUCACCUGCAAUAGAGUAGGAGCCAUAUUGUACACAGCAAAACAUGUAUAUAAUUAUGGUACCGAAUUUACUCAAUUUAAAGAUGUACUUUUUUGUGUGAUUUUUAUUUGCAUUCUGACCAUGAAUGCAUCUCUUUUUUUUUGUUGAAAUUACUUGAUCGAAGUUGCAUUUUUGUUGUAACUUUUGAGGUCUGUAAUAUGAUGAUAUCCACAAUCAAUAUCACUUACUGUAGCUCACUUCUGAAAUAUUUGCUAUAAAAUAUUGAUUUAUUUUUGCCUUUUUCGCUCAGAAAACAUUUUACUAAAAUAGCAUAAUUGUCAUCCAGUUGUGUUUUAGUGCAACUGCUUCAAGAAUCUCCGAUAACCAAAGCACAGUUAAAAAUAUUGACGGUGUGGUUUUUAUGCGAUAGUGUUUUUAUUUGUAGAAAUAAUAUGCAAAAACUAAAGCAGCAGUUAUUUAGGGUAAGUUUGUGCCUUUUGAUGCAGGCGAGCUAUAUUGAACGCUUAAGAACAUAAAUUUUUUGGUGAUUUUGGCAGUUUUGAUUGCAGACUGCUCAAUAAGUUUUGCUUCAUUCUGCCUUGAAGCAAUAAGUAUGCACUUAGGAAACUACCAAGUAAAAUUUUCCUUUUAACAUAAUAUUAUGUAUUAGCUUUUGACUAGCUUAAGAUAAGGUUUGAAACGUAGGCUCUUUGAAAUUACAUCAACUUGCAUAGUGUUGCUGAAUGUAUGUGAUGGUAAUGUGUUUAGAAAUUGUUUGUAAUUACUGUUACAAACUGAAAAAUUAGGUUGUUUGUCUUUAAAGUUUGGGGGUGAGCUAUUUUAUAAUAAAGGCUAUUUUCCGCCCUUUUGGUGUUGACAUGUUUUGGUUGUAAAUUGCUGGAAAUCAUUUUAACAAACUCUUUGUCAGUUUCGCUACAGUAGUGUUUCAAUCAUCAGAGUCACUUCUAGAAAAUACAGAAUCUGAGUACAAAGUAUUACAUUCAUUAACUGUUCUGACAGUAUUUUUAGUGGUUUUUUUUCAGGUACAUUGUAAUGGAGGUUACUUAAUCUGGUUACAAAUCAUUUCCUACGAACCACAGAUUAUGAAGACACAUUGAUUAAUUUUUCUCGUAGUAGCACCCCAUUGACUGCCUUACUUCCGUCCACCCCUCUCCUCCUCCCCCCCCCCACUUAAUCCCUUCCCUCCCGCAUGCACACUUUGGUGCUAGUGCUGUCGAAACAGACAGCUCUGUCUUUGACAGUCACUUGUCAGUCGUCCCGAACGCCACAGCAGUAGACGUAGUGGUGAUAACAACAAGUGGACAAGAAAGUUAUAAAUGUUUUCACCGCCAUCGGUUAAAUCCUCUCCUUUUGCUUCCUUUUUUUUUUAAUAAGUUUUCCUACUAAAUUUUUUUGAAAUCAGCAUGGCACAGAUAGUCUCUGAUGACACGAAACCUUUGAUUUUAGAGACUUGGUAUUUGAGACUCUAGAGUACCUGCUUUGAAGGUAUCCCACCAAAGUUUUAACGUAAGAGGCUGUCAUUAGAUGUAAUUGUAAUGAUUGAUUUGACUAACCAAAAUUUUAGGGUAAUGGGCGGGAAGUGGAGAUGUAUGUAUUUGGGAAUUGCAUCAUUUGUCUCGUGAAUUUUGGUUGGAAAGUGGGCACAGGAAAACUAUCCCCAUUGUGGUCGGUCAGAUUUGAACUCUUGUCUUGAAUGAGAGGCAUUCUAAAACAACUUCAUGUUGCAAGUACCACAGUUAUUUAGUGUGUAACGUAUUUCCAACACUUUCGCAUGCUCACUAGCGGAUACAAAGUUCAGGGUCUUUUCGUCCUUUGUACUCGGUUGUAUGAGAUUGACUGAGCAAAUCAGAAUUGUUUAUACUGUAGCUCAGUAAUCAUCUAUGUAAAUUGCUACUGAUCAAAUCUUAAAAAAUAUGCGUCUAUUUAAUGCACUACUAAAAUGAAAUGAAAGUGCAAACUCGAUAUGUUUUCAGUUUAUGUAUUGUGUCCUUUAAAGCUUCUGAACUUUUUUCAUUUAACAAAUAGUUUUUUUGGGCGGUUUGUAAAAGUUGUUUUGAAAAUUAAUGUUUCAAUGGGGAUUGUUUGCGUGAAAUUUUACUCCAUGGUGCAAGACUGAUUUUUUUCCCCAUUUUUUCCUUCAGUUUUUGAUUUUAGUUUUUAAUUUGUAAAUAACUUGUCAUUGCAUGUAAACUUUGUGAAGAAUCUUGGACGUGCUGAAGAAUCCCUGACUAUGGCAUUCUUUCAGCUAUCAUGAUUUUUAAGUGUGGGUUUUUGAAGUAUCUUAAGAUAAGUGUUUUUUUUUUUUUCUCGCCUUGCUUGAUUUAAGGCAGCUAAUCUCUCCUGAAUGUUAAGUCCAGUAGUUUAGGUUAAAUUCUUACAAAUCUCUCGUUGCAUUUGGCUUGAAAAGCUGUUCAGACUCGUAAUAUAAGAAUUUUUCUAUCCUAGUUCAUAACAUUGCUAUUUUGGUGGAAGGUGCCUGUGUUUAAUUGCAACCAAAUCAGUAUCUUGAUAAUGUUCUUUAUUCACUCAUCCAUUGAAACUCCCUUUGCUGGUUCAAUUAGCCACACAUUGUUAGCAGCGCAUCUUCUCAUUUUCGCGUUUAAGCCCAUGUCUUUGUGGAACUUGAAUAAUAAACGGAGUUAGGUGUUUUGCAUAUGUUCAUUGUCAGAAAAACACUCGUAAUCAAUUACAGAAGUUUCUGAACGUGUAAUUAUUGUAGUGUUUAUUACAAGUUUUUGUGCAGCUGUGUUUAAAUGUAUUAUGAAUGUUUAGAGAUAGGAUAGAAAUCACGUAGGCAUAACACCAACAUUGGGGAGAAUUCAUUUCUGCACGGUUAUGCUUCGGCAAGCGGGGAGAGUCGGUUAUGUGAUGUGGCAUUGUGGGAGACGGUUUAGAUUCUUGAAAAAUUUUAAUACAUUCGUGUUGUGUUGAUUGGUGGUCUUGUGCUAAUUUUCGUUCAGUACUGGAUUUCUGUGCAGCUGGUGUAAUGCGUUCAUGUACCGAUAGUCGUAUAAUGUUAUGUGAUGUGUGUCAUGUUUGUUACCGGUAAGACUAUACAAAUAGUGUGAUAAUUCACUUACUUUUGUUUACCUAAUUUUAUUAGAGUUUGCAGUAUGAUUAUUGUAAUUACCAGAGGUAAAAUCAAAAGUAGUUGCACACAAGUUGAAAGUGUUUUUUCUUAUUUUUAUCGCAGAAAAUUUCUUAAUGCCACUGAUUGAGUUGUAAGGCAGCGAGUACAAAAGAGACGCACACUUAAAUGAAGAUAACAGACUUACUGGAUAAUGUGCAAAGUUACGGUCUUCACUCUCGAAACAUUGUUGAUACAGUUUUCUCAUCGUACAAGUGUGCAUUAGCCUGUAUAACUCCUACCCUGUGAUAGGCCUCUGCGAAGCUUCGACUAAGCGAACCAAUCGAAGCUAUUUUUAAUAAUAAAUUUGACUUCGCCAAAAAAUUUGCUAUUCGUUUUAUUUGAAGUUCGAGGUUGUGAUGUAAAGCUUUGCAGUUGUUGCAAAGCUUUAAAUCAUUUAAAACAUAGUUCAUGAAAAUAUUUAGUUUUUUUUUUUUUGUGUUUUUUAUGUUUUGCUUGAAUGAAGUUAGUUACUUAAAAAUAUCAAAAGGUGACACUCUGUUUGCUUUUAUGAAUGCUCAAUAUUAAUAUUAUGCAUGGUUGUUUUAUAAUUUUUAUUGAAUGAUGUUAUACCGAGGAUCCAAUGUAAAAUCAACGGUUGAAACAUUACAAACAUUAAGAAGAUUAUUUUUUCUACUUCAAGCCUAUGUUUUAUAAGAUAAGUGUUACACAGCUUCGCCGAGAAAAAAAUAUUUGUAAUUCAAUUCGACUUUGCAAAAAUUUUAAAAAUUUGAUUUGAUAUUUUGUUUUGCUUCAGAAAACAAGUAUUCGCACAAGCCUACCCAGGGAUAAUGCCUUAUUAUUUCCUAUCCUGCUGGCACUAAGAGUCCUGUAUAUAAGGGAUGUCUCGCAUGUUCUAGUUUUAUAAGGAUUGAUGCAUUAAGGGUCACUCUCGCACGCCACGUUGAUUAUUUCAUUUUCUUUUCAUUACUGUUGUUUGGGAGCUAACAUUCCAGUACUGUUUGUAGUCUAACAUUAAACAUGAAAAUAGUGGGAGACUAUCCAAUUACCGAACUUGUAUGGAAUCUAUCUCUGAAACGGUUUUAGCUUUUUAACAUAAAAAUCGGCAUGUUCCUGCGAAUAAACAAUAAAUGUUAUAGGUAAGUCAUGAUAAAUCUACAGGAAUAGCCUGUAAUUAAUAGUAAUGAGUAGUGAUGGUUUGAAUACCAACUUUCUCAAGUCUGAAUCUUGAAUUCAUAUCCCAAAGAGAGCCUCGAAUAUACAGCUCGAAUCCAAAACUAGGUGUCUUAAGUGUCAAAAAUAAAAUAAUGUACGAGAAUGGAAAAAAAAAAUUAAAUAUGGUGUUGAAACUUUCAACCCUUAACCCUGUGUUUUGUAGUGGUAUUUGAAUGAUACCACUUUGAAAAAAAUGUUACUAUUCGCAAUGUUUCAGUGGUAUUGCCGAAAAACCUCGCAUGAGUAAACCUUGUGCUGCUAUCUGGCGAUCCUAACAAGAACCAGCUACAUUGGCUGCUUAAAUUUUUCCUUCCGCCACGUCUGCUAAAAGUUACGCAAUAGAUUCUAAUUUAUUUUUAAUAAAUUUCUGUGUGCCACAAAAGGGUUAAGGGGCCCGCCUAGUCAGGGGUGUAUCUGUGGGAUGACACGUGCGACACUUUCUGGUGCCCCUAGCCUGGUAUCCCCUCUGAGCGCAAGGCCUUGAACAGACACGCAGUCUUCUUCUUGUGCAUGGGCCAGCUGUGACCGUAACAUUGUGUGUUCUAGAAAUGAAGACAAAGGUGUAAUGCAAGGACCUUGGGUGCUUUCAAGAAUCUGUACCGGGCCUUUUUUUUUGUCCGAAAAUUAUUCUCAAACAUACAGUUUAACCAUUUUCACCGUCCUGAAAAUAACAAUUUAAAAAUAAAUACGGAAACAGAACAACCCAUCCGCCCUCGUACACCACCAGUAGCGGAUCCAGAGGGGGGGGGCUAAGGGGCUCAAGCCCCCUCCAAAAGCAUCUGGGUCCACUAUUGUUUUAGUGUUUGCCUUGAUAAAGCCUAGCCCUAGCAGGGUCAAGCCCCUCCCAAACAAAAAUCCUGGAUCCGCCACUGUACACCACUCGGAUAUCCCGAGCAGUUUUUAAAAACUGUUAAGAUUUUAAAAAGUGUGGUUUUUUUUUCUUCUGAAGAUUAGCUCAUCGUAUGUGUGGGCCCCUUAAAAUGUUUGUUUCACUAAGUAUCCAGAAUAAACACACACAAGAUAUUUAAUUAGUUAAUUACAUAUCAAACAUGCAAUAUCUUUGGGAAUUGUAAUAGGAUAUGAAGAAAGAAUAUACGUAGUAAACUUCAGACUCGUCAUUGUUGAAUUUUUGAACGUACUACUACAUUAUCACCAAUAUUUUUCUUAUAGAGUUCCCUACUGUUUGGAUUCCUGCAUUUCCCUUCAUCAUGUACAUUUCUUCUAAUCUUUUUUUUCCUUGAAUAUUGAAUCUUUCGAAUUGUGAGGAUUUGACUGGUGAUGAGUGAUGAGUGAUGACAAGGAAAAUGAAAUAACGAACACGACGUGGCAACAGUGAUGUUUGCUAGUGAAGACUCGCUGUGCAACGUCUCUGUCGCAAGCAUGCUUCUGUUUUAAGCUGUGACUGUAUCAUCUCGUCGCGUAGCAAUUAAGAUGCAGUUGUGUUGUGUAUUUUUCAGUAGCUUUGCACAUAAUUUUCAGAGUCUUUUGCUUCUGGGCAACUUCUUUUUUCGUGUAUGGAUAACUUGACACUUUUAUUUUCAAACUUGCAUGUACAAAUGUUAUCAAUUUUAAAUUAUCUUGCAUUUAUUUGUGAGACUUAUACAUUUAAAAAUACUUUUAAGUAAAGUAAUUUUAUGUAUAUAUUUUUUGUGAUUCACAUUCAUUUUGUGGUUACAGACAGUCACAUCACAUGAAAACAAUUUUGUACAAGCUUUGUGGCAACUGUAAAAAAUACAUGCCCUUUAUACAGUAUUUAUGUAAUAGUAUGUUGCUUUGCGUAGAGAGUAUGUGUUUCACUGUUACUCUAUGUAUAUUGACUUGAUGUUUACUGAUAUGAUAUUAUUUUUGAAAUUACUGUGACUUUGAGAAGGUAAUUUUAUUUUUAAUAUGUCACAAAGACGUUGGUGUAUUUUUAAGUUCUGAUGCUGUUCAUAGCUAUUACUUCAUAUGCCCAGGCUGAUAUUUAGAACAAUUCGUUCAUGUUAAUUGGUGUGAGGAAAGAUAAGUUUUAGGGGUGUUGGGGGGUCAUUUGUGAAUCUGUGACUUUGUUGCCGGUUGUUUGUACGACGCGAGGCAGUCUUUUUGCAGCCGGUGUUAGCUGUUAGCUAAGUGUUGUUUCGUGACGUGCAAGACAAUCAACUAAGUGUUGCCCAAUUGUAACAAGUCCGUAGAUAGCUGUGAAAGGUUUAGCUACACGUGGAAAGUGAAGGAAGUAACUCGCGAACACAGAAGCUGAAACUCCUGCUGGCGUAACGCAUGUUUGCCCAGCUCUGAAGGAAACAUUUGUGGUGAGUGAGGUGGAAAGUAAACACAGUUGUAGUCCGUGCAUGUUCAGCUAUGCGAUUCCGCGAAUACAGACGUACAGGAGAAAUAUAUUUUUAUUUGAAGUGCAGUUUGUUUUUAUUUGUGAGAAAUUAUCAUUACAUGAAUGUUAGAAAUAUUUUGAUAAUAUUGUCUCUCCCACAAAAAGCAUACAUGUUAUUGGAGGAAAAAAAACCCAUGAGCAUGUUUUUUUUUUUUUUUUUAUCUUUUCAUCAGUCAUUUAAUAUAAACCCACUUUAUGUGUAUUCGGAGAUAAUCAUGGAAUGUUCCUUUGUAGAUUUAAUACGAAGCAUUUUGGAAGUACAUAAUUAAUAAUUAUAAUACCAGACACUUUGCACAUGCCUCAAUGCUCGAAGUCUGUGAGCCUCAUAAGAAAGCUGUGUCUCAGGCUGUGUUUGAGCAAGUUUAUAGGUAUCAAAACAAAUCUCUGUUAGGCUGACCUUUUUAUUUAUUUUUUUGAAAGCAUAUUGUACUGAAUCUCUAGUAGUUACCGUGAUAGCAAAAUGAGGAAGUUUCAAGUUGUUACUUUGGGUUUCUUUAGGAACCAGGAACUACUAAUUCCUCAACUCUACAUGGUGUAGCUAAACUUGGUGAAACAUCAUCAUGUGUCAUGCAUGUUGCAAUAAUUUUUGUGUUUCCUUAUUAUAGUGUAUUUACCUUUAAUUUUAACACGUGGCAUAAAUUUCACUGUCAUGUCUGGCCUUAAUGGUUCAAAAAUUCAUUUUAAAAUCAUCCUGAGGUACACAGACUAUGCUCACAACAUAUACAUUAAUAAGGGAUUAAGUGGUCAAAUUAGCUGGGAUGCUGUACUCACAUGUGAGAUUUUAAAAACAUUUUACUAUUUUUAUGUUGAACAGAUUUGAGAUUUUAUUUCUUUAUGUUAUGAUGACUAAACAAGAGAUGGUGUUAUUGUCUGUACGUCUUGUUAGAAGGAAUUUGUGCUUGUUAGAGCAAAGUUAUAGAGAGCAGCUAAUAAUUUAAUAAUUCAGAUGACUGGUGGGGAAAUUUGAAGAAAUGUCGCUUAUACUCCUAUCCUUGUGAUGAAUAAAUAAAGUGGCCUGUAUUGUUUGUAGCGGGGUCCUAGAAUUACCUAAUAGCCUUGUGUAUUUGCUGUAAUAUUAAUGGUUUGUGUGUAUUACAAAGUAAAAAUUUUCAAUGCACUGCCAUCAUAAUGUAUUAUGUAUUAAAUAACUUCUGGUGUAUGAUUUUUUUUUUUCUUUUUUCAGUAGACUAAAUAAUAAUUACUCUCACAUUGACCAAGUUGGUGAAAUUGUGUAGAAUGUGAUGUGGCAUUGAGUUUCACAAAGCCAAAUGACCAAAAAUGUUUGUAACGUACAAAGCCAAAACUAUUGUCAUUUUAUAAGUGUAUGUGUUUUAGGUUUGCAUGUACUGUGUCGACUUAUGUUGUAGUAAAUAAAAUUAUUUCAG